AUGGAGAACUCUCCCAGUGACUCCAUCAUGAAGAUGGACGAUUCCAAGAAUCACCAACAUCACGAACAGGAAGAUUGGGAUCUCGAGCAGGCCCCCCAGCGCAAGUCCUCCGGCAUCUUCAACGUCUUCAUCGCUGGUCUCGCCCUCGCCAGUGAUGGCUACAAUGCUCAUUCCAUUGGCUACAUGAUGCCUCUCUUCACUCUUCUCUACAAAGAUGCCAUGUCCUCCACCAUCAAGUCUCGCCUCACCAACUCCUACUUGAUCGGCGAGAUCUUCGGCAUGAUCUUCUUCGGGGUCUUGAUUGAUCGCCUCGGUCGUCGAACCGGCAUCCUGGCCACCACCCUUUUCUUGGUCCUUGGUUUGGUCUUGGCCACCGCUUCUCGCGGUUCCUCCCAGCUUGGAAUGUUCUGGAUGAUGAUCGUGGCUCGAGGUAUUGCGGGCUUUGGAGCUGGCGGUGAGUAUCCGGUCUGUGGAACCAGUGCCACGGAGGCUGCAGAUGAGACCCAUGGCCUGCGUCACCGUCGGGGAUUUCUCGUCGCUAUCACUACUGACACGGCCUUGGACCUGGGUGCCAUUGUGGCCGGAAUCGUCGCGGUCGUCGUUCUGGCCGCCUAUAACCACCAUAACUCCGAGGGCAUCUGGCGCAUUUGUUUUGGUUUGGGCUUCAUCCUCCCGAUCGCGGUUUGCUUUUUUCGAAUCCGCAUGCUCAACUCCACCCAAUAUCGGAAACAUUCCAUCAGGUCCAACUACCCCUACAUGCUGGUUAUCCGCCGCUACUGGAAGCCCAUGCUCGGAACAGCCCUUGCCUGGUUUUGCUACGACUUCGUCACCUACCCAUUCUCUCUCUUUUCCUCAACCAUCGUGCAGCAGUUCAACCCCAAAAACACCGCCAUUCAGAAUGUUGGGUAUGGAACUGUCAUCAAUUGCUUCCAGCUCCCCGGUUGCUUUCUCGGCGGAUACCUGAUGGAUCGGAUUGGUCGCAAGCAGACCAUGACCCUAGGUUUUUUCUUCUGGGCUGUCUGGGGAUUCCUCAUUGGAGGUUCCCUACAUCCCAUUCAGAGUGUCUUCCCACUCUUUGUAGUGAUGUACGGUAUUUUCCAGGCCCUGGGUGAGAUGGGACCCGGAGUUGCAACAUUCCUAUGUGGCUCGGAAUCAUUCCCUACCCCCCUUCGAGGCCACUUCCUGGGAUUUGCGGCCGCGGUUGGAAAGGCCGGUGCAUCAAUCGGCACGGAAGUGUUCACUCCUAUUCAGCACCGCUUCCACACAACACAGAAAGGUCAACAGGCUGUCUUUCUCAUCGGGUCUGCGUUCUGUAUCGUCGGUGCCUUGAUCACCUGGUUUCUCAUCCCGGACAUGUCCCGAGAACUUGAGACCGAGGAUGCCCGUUUCAAGACAUAUCUGGAGGAGAAUGGAUACGAUAUCACUUCGUACGGAGAGGAGGAGUUGGUUGUCCAGCGGAAGUAG